AUGAUUGUUCCGCAGUUGCCCGUGUCCGACUUGCAGGGCAAGCUUCAGAUACUGCAGGAAGAGGUUUCAGCGCUCAAGGAGUGCCUCUGUGCCAGUGGUGCUUUGAGCCACGACCGAUUCUUUGCGCGCCUGCACCGGGAGCGGUUUGAUCGGGUUUGCCGUGCCCACCCUUUGGAGCUUGAUGGCACGGCAACGUUGACACGCGCCUUCGCAUUGCACGAGCUGACGGUGAGUGUUGUCAGCUUGGCGGGCGUUGCCGCUGUGCGCGCACUUCGAUCUGCAUCUCAUGUUGUUGGGCGAGCUGCCUGCCGCGCAAAGCCCGCGGCCGACCUCGUGGCAGCCAGCAGCCAGGGACAAAUCUUCGUGUGUGGCGGCUAUGAUGGGACCAGGUUGUUGGAAGACAUCCAUCGGUUUGAUCCCAUCUCCCACACUUGGGGUUCGGUGCCGCCCAUGUCACUGGCACGCGAGGCUCCUGCGUGCGAGCAUUUCUGCAAUCUGCACCCGCGGUACGAAGAUCAUGGAAACAGCCAGUGUUCUUGA